CUUGAAAGUUGUCGCCGCACACUGGCGCCUCUUACUCCCGGUUAUUUACUCUUUACUGGGUGGAGUGAAGAUUGGUAGGCCGCCGCAAUGUACGGGGAAGAAGAAGAGAUGAUGUAUGGGGAUGAGGAGGGGGAUGAGAUAACCCCUGAUCUGUGGCAGGAGGCGUGCUGGAUUGUCAUUAGCUCAUACUUUGACGAAAAGGGCUUGGUGAGACAACAGCUUGAUUCAUUUGACGAAUUCAUUCAGAUGUCUGUACAGAGGAUUGUGGAGGAUUCACCUCAGAUUGACCUUCAGGCUGAGGCUCAACAUACUUCUGGCAUUGUGGAAACACCACCGAGAUAUCUACUGAAGUUUGAGCAGAUUUAUCUGUCAAAACCUACACAUUGGGAGAAGGAUGGUGCUCCUAGUCCUAUGAUGCCAAAUGAAGCCAGGCUAAGAAAUUUGACAUACUCUGCCCCACUGUAUGUGGAUAUUACAAAGACUGUAGUCAAAGAGGGGGAGGACCCAGUAGAGACGCAGCAUCAUAAAACAUUCAUCGGGAAGAUUCCCAUCAUGCUUCGCUCCACAUAUUGUCUGCUGAAUGGCCUGACAGAUCGUGAUUUGACAGAGUUGAACGAGUGUCCCCUAGACCCAGGGGGAUACUUCAUCAUUAAUGGGUCAGAGAAGGUUCUUAUUGCUCAGGAAAAAAUGGCCACAAAUACAGUGUAUGUGUUCCAGCAGAAAGACUCUAAGUAUGCAUAUAAGACAGAGAUCCGAUCAUGCCUGGAACACUCCUCUCGCCCCACCAGUACACUAUGGGUGAAUAUGAUGGCCAGAGGAGGUUCGGGUGCCAAGAAGAGUGCUAUUGGUCAGAGAAUCAUCGCCAUUCUACCAUACAUUCGACAAGAGAUUCCCAUCAUCAUUGUGUUCAGAGCCUUGGGUUUUGUGUCUGACAGAGAUAUCCUCGAGCACAUCAUCUAUGAUUUUGAUGACCCUGAGAUGAUGGAAAUGGUAAAACCCUCAUUGGACGAGGCUUUUGUCAUCCAGGAGCAGAAUGUUGCUCUUAACUUCAUCGGUGCUCGGGGUGCUAAGCCAGGUGUCACUAAAGAAAAACGUAUCAAAUACGCCAGAGAAAUCCUACAGAAGGAAAUGUUGCCCCAUGUGGGCGUCAGUGAUUUCUGCGAGACCAAGAAAGCUUACUUUUUGGGGUACAUGGUUCACCGUCUGCUUCUGGCAGCCCUGGGGAGACGGGAAGUAGACGACAGGGAUCACUAUGGCAACAAGAGGCUGGACUUGGCUGGACCUUUGCUGGCCUUCCUCUUCAGAGGGCUGUUCCGUAACCUGAUGAAGGAGGUCAGGAUUUACGCUCAGAAGUUUAUUGACCGUGGGAAAGACUUUAAUCUGGAGCUGGCUAUCAAGACAAGGAUAAUUACAGAUGGGUUAAAGUAUUCACUGGCUACUGGGAACUGGGGCGAUCAGAAGAAGGCUCACCAGGCUAGAGCAGGAGUAUCACAGGUGUUGAACAGACUGACUUUUGCCUCAACACUUUCCCAUCUGAGGCGGUUAAAUUCUCCUAUUGGACGCGAUGGUAAACUUGCCCGUCCUCGACAACUUCACAACUCUCAUUGGGGAAUGAUCUGUCCUGCCGAGACACCAGAGGGUGCUGCUGUGGGCCUAGUAAAGAACCUAGCUCUGAUGGCGUACAUCUCUGUGGGCUCACAACCCUCCCCCAUCCUGGAGUUCUUGGAGGAAUGGAGUAUGGAGAACCUUGAGGAGGUCGCUCCGUCAUCCAUCAUGGAUGCGACAAAGAUCUUUGUGAAUGGCUGCUGGGUGGGGAUCCAUCGUGACCCAGAGCAGCUGAUGAACACUCUGAGGAAACUGCGACGUGAAAUGGACGUCAUUGUGUCUGAAGUUUCCAUGGUGAGAGAUAUCCAGGACAGGGAGAUUCGUAUCUAUACAGAUGCAGGCCGAAUCUGUCGACCUCUGCUCAUUGUAGAGAACCAGAAACUACUGCUGAAGAAAAGUCACGUGGAUAAACUGAAACAACGAGAGUACAACAAUUACAGUUGGCAGGAGCUGGUAGCCAGUGGGGUUGUGGAGUACAUUGACCCCCUGGAGGAGGAGACCAUCAUGUUGGCCAUGACCCCAGAUGACCUUCAGGAUAAGGAGGUGGCCUACUGUUCUACCUAUACACAUUGUGAGAUUCACCCCGCCAUGAUCCUGGGUGUCUGUGCCUCUAUUAUACCAUUCCCAGAUCACAACCAGUCUCCCCGUAACACAUACCAAUCUGCUAUGGGGAAACAGGCCAUGGGCAUCUACAUCACGAACUACCAUGUGAGGAUGGACACCCUGGCUCAUGGCCUGUACUACCCCCAGAAGCCCCUAGUCACCACUCGCUCUAUGGAGUACCUCCGCUUCAGGGAAUUACCCGCAGGUAUCAACUCCAUAGUAGCGAUCAUGUCCUACACUGGAUACAAUCAGGAAGAUUCUGUCAUCCUGAAUGCUUCUGCCAUUGAGAGGGGCUAUUUCAGGUCAUUUUUCUACCGAUCUUACAAAGACUCUGAGUCUAAGAAAGGUUUAGAUCAAGAGGAGAUCUUUGAAAAGCCAACAAGAGAAACUGUUCAAGGUAUGAGACAUGCCAUCUAUGACAAGUUGGAUGAUGAUGGUAUAAUCGCCCCAGGGACCCGAGUGUCCGGUGAUGAUGUGCUGAUUGGGAAAACCAUCACUCUGCCAGCCUCUGAGGAUGAGUUGGAAGGUGAGACUAAGCGGUUCACAAAGAGAGACUCCAGUGUGUUCAUGAGGAGAAGUGAGACUGGUAUUGUAGACCAGGUUAUGGUGACGAUAAACCAGGAAGGGUACAAGUUCUGUAAGAUCCGUGUUAGGACGGUGAAGAGUCCUCAGAUUGGGGACAAGUUUGCCAGUCGUCAUGGACAGAAGGGUACCUGUGGGAUCACUUACAGGCAGGAGGACAUGCCGUUUACAUGUGAAGGUAUCAGCCCAGACAUUAUCAUCAACCCCCACGCCGUACCCAGUCGAAUGACAAUUGGCCAUUUAAUCGAGUGUCUCCAGGGUAAGGUGUCGGCUAAUAAGGGGGAAAUCGGUGAUGCCACGCCCUUCAACGAUGCUGUCAACGUGCAGAAAGUCUCCCAGCUGUUACAUCUCUACGGCUAUCAUCUCCGAGGGAAUGAGGUUCUCUUCAAUGGCUUCACUGGCAGGAAGGUGAAUGCUCAGAUAUUCUUGGGGCCCACAUAUUACCAGCGUCUGAAGCAUAUGGUGGAUGAUAAGAUCCAUUCUAGGGCGAGAGGCCCCCUCCAGAUCCUCAACAGGCAACCUAUGGAAGGUCGAUCAAGGGAUGGAGGUUUGCGUUUUGGUGAGAUGGAGCGUGAUUGUCAGAUCGCUCACGGAGCUGCCCAGUUCCUCAGAGAGAGGCUGUUUGAAGCAUCCGACCCUUACAGAGUGCACGUCUGUAAUAUCUGUGGACUCAUUGCUAUUGCUAACUUGAGGAACCAGACGUUUGAAUGUCGUGGAUGUAAAAACAAAACUCAGAUCUCCCAGGUGCGUAUGCCAUAUGCCUGUAAGCUGCUCUUCCAAGAGUUGAUGUCAAUGAGCAUUGCCCCCAGGAUGAUGGUCAGCUGAAAGGCGUUUAUGUACCUGGAGCAGAGAAGACUGUUCAUUGUCAAUGCUGGUUGCUAUCUGAAGUCUUAAAGCAUGGAUAUGACUCAUUCAAGGUUUACAGGUGGCUUUGGUAUGUGUGGGUACCAAACUACAUGUAUAUGUGAUGCUGCCUGGAAUGUAUAAGGAAGAUAUCAGUGUCAGGAAGGUGGACAAGGCGUUGUUUCGGAGGACCGCUGAAUCUUUGACCUUUUGACCCUCGUUUGGCAAUGUGGGGAUUAUCAUACUUGGAUUCUGCGUAAACGAAGGGAGCAUGAAUACUGCUGUACAAAACACUUUGUGUACAGGGUAUUGCUUGUGUAUCAUGAAUAGAUGUUGGCCACACCUUGUUCGUUCUAGUUUACAUCAGUUAAGUUUACAUGAAACACACUGUAAAAAGAGAUUCCACCGAAGUUGGAUAAAAUGAGAAGUAAUUUCAGUUUGGUUAGGUGCAUUUUGAUCAAGGCCAUAUCUGGAAACAUGCUGAAGUAAUGAUGAUCAUCAUGAUCAACACCUAUAAAAGCUUAAAGUCUUGCUUUUGAGAACAGUCAUGGAAAAUUAAUUUGCUUAAUACUUCUUGGAAAUUGAAGUAACACAUAUGUAUACAUGUGUUAUGUUUUUGGAAUAACAUGCCUUUGAACAGAGUAGAAGCUUUUAGGUUGUUAACUUUGUUCUAUAGGGCUUUGAGACAGAGAGAGAGAGUGAGAACGAGAGAGCGUCAUUGAGUUGAAAAAGAAAAUGUGAAAAAUAUGAACAUCAUAAAUGAUCCUGUGCAUCAUUAUGGACUUGUUCCUGUAUAUUUUUGUCCAAAAGGUUCCAAAAUUUAUUUCUUGAACCAUUGUGUAAAUAGUGCUGAGUUCAUUUUCAUUAUAUUCCUUGUAAAAAUUGCAGGAAGCAGUGUAAUUCCCUGUAUUUCACUAAGGUGAAAUGCAGUGUAUUUCCCUGUAUUUCACUAAGGUGAAAUCAUUGUGCUUGGAUAGUAUCACUUGCCAUGCAUCAUUUUCCAUUGCCAUUGGAAAUAAAAAUCAUGAUCAUCCCAGUUGAACUUUGUUGUUUGCUGUUAUUACACAUCCAUGUGCAAAGACCAUAGAGGGGCUUCUGUGGCUCAGUUGGUUAGCGCGCUAGCGCAGCGCAAUGACCC